AAUGAAUGACGAUUAUUCGAGAACUUGUACUUUUGAGGAACUACAGUCAAGAAUUCAUAAAAAAUAGCCUUCCUAAAGAUAAAUUUCUAAUCUAAUUGAUUAGUUUGAUUGGGAUUCCAAAUAUGGCCCAUAUUCUGGCAUGACCAGAGAAGAUAGGUAAUGUUGAAUUUCAUGAAUUAUUAGAUACAAUAGAGCAGUUGUUAAUGGAUUAUAACCUCCUCCAGAGAUCAAAAAUUACUUAAGCACAAAACCACAUCCUUAUACUUAAUUUUAUAAAUUAUGUUGAG